AUGUCCGUGAAAGACAUCCUUCAAAGUCUAGUGGAUGAUGCCAUGGUAGAUUCUGAGCGCAUUGGGACUUCAAAUUACUUUUGGGCUUUUCCUAGCAAGGCUCUCCAUGCUCGGAAGAGAAAGCUGGAGACUCUGGAAAGCCAGGUAACAGAAGCAAAGCAGAAGGAAAGGAGCCUAGAGCAAAAUGCGGAAAAAGCAAGAGUUGGCCGCCAAGAUACAAAUGAAAGAUCAAAGCUGGCAGAGGAAUUGGCACUGUUGAGACAGCAGCGGGACCAGCUAAAAGCAGAACUAGAGCAAUACAAAGAAUGUGAUCCGGAUGUUAUAGACGAUAUACGUAAGUUGUUUUUUUUUUUUUUUUUCCUCUAA